AACCACUCUUAUUCCACAUUUGAAUGUAAUGAAGUAAAAUAACUGUUGGACCAUUGGAAUACAGCUGAAGAGGAACAUUUUAAAAGGGAAUAUUGAAAGUGGGAAACUGUGAAAUAUGGCGUCGACCACCAUACACGCAACAGUGGUUCCCCAUCAGGAGCAGGGACAAAUAUCUCAUCAUCCCACUCCUGACACCAAAACAACUCUUGAAAGCUACAACGAGUACGCCGGAAGAGCUACGGGGUGGAUACAACUUGUCUGUGGGGGAGGGGCAAUCAUGGUAGGGGUAGCUCAAUUCUUACUUGGAUCCAGCAUUCGUUUCGCUGCCUGUGGUAUAUGGAUGAGUCUUCUGUGCUUUGGUCCUGCUGGAGUGCUUGGCAUUGCGAGUUACAGAAGAAAUCGAUGUGUAAUAUCGGCGUACCUCACCAUGUCCGUAUUCUCGGCCGUCUUUGCCAUUUUUAUGACGCUCAUCGGGGCCAUAGGCAUUUUGAUAAGCCGGGCACAGGAAUGCUACGUCAAUACACAAAAAGUACCCUGUCAAGAAGGUCAAGUGGAAUAUCGUGUCAGCUCUGAUGGAAUCCUGACUCUGAUUGGAUUGAUUGAGACAAUAGUUGCUAUCAUUGGAUCAGCCUAUGGUUGUGCUGGGGUCUGCUGCGUUAAGCAGCCUUCAAGACCACGGCAAGAAAUUAUUUUGGUCAACCAAUAUCCUGCCACCACUUCAGCUCACCAACAGAGUUCAAUUCCUGAAGGUCAACCACCUCCUUACAAAGCCGUCGAACAGCGCCCUCAACAAGCACAUCCAAAUAGUCAUAUGGAACAACUACAAACUCGAAGACACAAAGAGACAUUAGCCACUCGGGAGACGCAUCCACAUCAGGGCAACUAUACAACAUAUCAACAGCAUACUCCACAUUUAGGCUACCAGCCUCUCAUACUUCCAAACAACCAAGAGAGAUAGUGAUCAAAGCAGAGGCGUAUAAUUUUCUAGUUUUGUUAAAGAAUCCCGGGAUAAAUAAUUCGUCUUUUUUUAAAUAUAAAUUUAUCUUAUAUUUCACAGUACACAAAAAACUUGUGGUACGAGUUUGUAAUUAGAAAUUACUAUUCCAUGUUUCUUUUUUCUAUUUGUUUUAUUUUUACGAAAUGCGGUAAUGCAUCCAGAUUGUAUUUUGAUUGACUGCUUGGGAUUGAAAGUCCCUUUCCUCUAUUAUCUUUGUGAUAAUCCAGAGUCGGAACACACGAAUGUAAUAUCGAAUUUUAUUUUAAAGUAACUUUACAUCGUUAUGUCUAAGCUGGCUUUGUUUACGAGAUAAUCUUCAGCACACACCCAGUAAAGAAAAUAUCUUCGUCUAAACCAAUUAACAUUCGUUAGCUGGUUGGAGAAAUCAGCUGAAUCUUUACACUUAUUUAUUUUGUUUUAUAAUUUUAUCUUUUUCAGAUCACGAAAGCUGUAUUCUAAAUCUGAAACACUACCAGAAUGUAAUGCUAUAUUGUUAAAACGUAUGUGUUGAAUCUAUCUUUUAGUAUACAGAGAAAGUAGAAAUGAAUUUUAUCCCUUUUUUCUCCAUUCGGAGUCAGAAAACUUUCUAUCAAGGGGCUUCAAGGGUCAGGUGAUGAAUGGUUCUAGUGUUUGGAGAUAGAGUAUGUUCAUCUUUUCAGUUAGCACAUAAUGAAUUUCUCAGUGUCUUUUUACUCCAGUGAUUUAUUGAUAAGAUCCUGUACACUCACGAGACCAACAAAAUCGACUUCAUACCGAUCGAUGGUGGUAUAACUAUUCGCCGGCGUGACUGUUGCAUAUAAUUAUAAGUUUGGCCAUGGACCUACUAGUAGGUCCAUGGUUUGACUUGAGCAUAAGUUCGCAUUUCGUUCUAGUAAACAGCAUCUGCAGAAUCACAACAAGCGUUAUCAGUGUUUUGAGUAUAAUGAUGCACUUGAGUGCAUUUCGGCUUAAGUGUAUUGCAUAUAUCUUUUAUAUGAAAGUAGGUCUUACUGUGCAGUGUCUUAGCCAUAAACACGUUAAUCCACGCACAUUCACGAUUACUGCAAACAUGAGUGUAUGCACGAAUUAAAGGUCAAGUUCACCUCAGAAUAUUUUUUUUAUUUGAAUCAAUAGAAAAAAAUCAGACAAGCGUAAUGCUG